CGCACAGUGAAAUUACAACCAUUGUGGAUUCGUAGCCGUUUGGAACCUUGUAAAACCCAGGAUAUUUUAGCACGAGUGAUUAUCAGACCUAGAAGUUCAAGUGUGAGAACAUGCAGCCCUUCCGCGUCACUUCGGAGAUGAUGGGAGGCCUUGAGGAGCGCCUCUCCUUCUUGGUGGGGCAGCAGGUCCCCGUCAGCCCCCCCUGCAGCCCUCCAGCAGGAAGCAUGACUCCGCCUUCACCCACACUGCAGGAGUCAAAGAACCUCGCGAAGGACGAACAACUUGGAUCCAAUAAGCCCAGUGACGCCUCCGCCGACGACAAGGCCUCAGCGACCCCGAAGUCCACUCCCACAGGCCAGAACGCCGCCGAACUCCGCCGCUACAGGACGGCCUUCACGCGGGAGCAGAUCGCCCGCCUGGAGAAGGAGUUCCUUCGGGAGAACUACGUGAGCCGCCCCAGACGCUGCGAGUUGGCCCAGGAGCUGGGACUCUCCGAAGCCACGAUCAAGGUGUGGUUCCAGAACCGCAGGAUGAAGGAUAAGCGUCAGAGGAUGGCCGUGUCUUGGCCUUACGCCGACCCCGCCCUCACAGCCUACCUCCUCCACGCCGCAGCAGCCUCAGGAGCCUAUCCUCCUUACCUCCCGGCAGCCUCCAUGCCCAGCGCCCCCUGGACGCCCACAGGAGUCAGCGCCGGAUCGCCAAUGCCCUACACCGCCCCGCACCUGGCCUACCCUACGCCCACCACGCCAUCCUCCCUCGCCCGCUUCGCCCCUUACCCCCGCCCACAGCCGCCCAUGCUCUCCCCACCCUACUCCCUCCCAGCCGACGCCCCCCACCAUCCCCUCUC